AUGUUUCUGGCGGCUGUGCUUCUGAUUCUGAUCCUGAUUCUGCUUUUGGUUCUAAUUCUAAUUCUGAUCCAGCUCACAACCCUGCCGCCCGGAUGGCGCUUACAAGGCUCGCCGCAAACUGGCGGCGGCGGCAGCGGUAGCAGCAGCGGCAACACCACUACCAGCAGCAGGUAA